UCUGCCUUAGCAACCUGCGUUAGAAACGUCCCCUUCAGCAGACCUGUCUGACGGGUGUUACAUUGAACGGAUCACACACAGUAAGUGCAGCCUGAGGCAUGCCCCUAUCAGGAAGGCAAAGGUUGAGCUCUUUUGACCUCCGGCGCGAGCAGAAGGAAUUCCUGCUGGGUGUGGAGAGUGCGCACAGAGCUGACAUCCAGACCUACAGCUCAGGGCACCUGGGUCCCAGCUGCUUCUCUCCCCAGCUGCUGUUGUCCCGGCCCGUCAAGCCCAUCUGGGAAGGGUCCAAGGGCCCAUGCAAGCCGUCACCACCCUCUUGUCUCCGGGAAAGGAAGAUGACAGAAGUUCACGUGGAAGAGAUGACGGACGCCUUGUAUAGCUUCACCAUGUCCACAACGCUACAGGAGCCACAAACUCAAGCAGGGGCCAGGGGGCCAGUGGGGGGCCACCCAUCGAAGGCCACGGAGCUGGCGCAGCAGCAGACAAGGGCGGCCCCGGAUGCGAUGGAGCUCUUUCCGGUGAAGCCAGGUCCAUCCGGCAUGGAGACGGAGCAGAGACCCUUGGCCACGCCCAGCCGGAGAGACGAACUGCGGCUGAGGCGGCUCUUCGACAGGCAGGUCCUGAGGACGCGGGACCUGGCGGCCAGGAAGAGCACGAGCGUCGAGGAGCCUGCCAGGAGGCACGAGCGCAGGCUCCAGCAGGAGCUGAGUCGUCUCGCCGCCCACAGGGGCCCUGUCAGCGAACGCCUUUCCGCCUUCAGCCGCGUCUUCAGUGACGUCUGUGACGACACACCCGCUUUCUCCGGAGCCCUCCGAGAGAUCAAGACAGAGUAUGAGUUGUACCUGGACUCAGUUCUCUCCAACCAGUCAUCCCUCCACGAUAUGUCUGCUUUUGAUCCCCUUAAAGACUUCCUAAAAACAACUAAGUUAGACGAAGCAACACAGCAAGUGUGCUCACUGGAGGAGAAGGCCAGGGCAGCUCUGCAGGAAAAUGACAGAGUCAGAACAGAGUAUGAAGAAGCUCAAGCCAGAACCUUGGAAAGCCAAACAGAAGAAAGGAGGUCAGAAGGCCCUCAUCUUGGCCAGUCCGGCCUCACGGCCGUUGAUGUAGAGAACCCAGAUCUGAACCAGAAUGAGGCCACCAUCUCCUCAGUCGCUCAGCUGGAGCCCAUGAGACAUCAGGUGUGGAGAGUCUGGAAGGAGGUGCAGGAGCUGCAGAAGGAGAUCAGAGAGACGAUGGUGUCCACGGUAACUACCAACGCUAUGGAAGGGUGCAUCAGGGACACAAAGGCAGAAAUCAUGCGUCUCAUAGCCUCAAAUGAGCAUCUCAGGAGUGCCAACAAGGCUCUUGAACAAAACAUCUUGACAGUGAUGAACAGAGCAAAAGUCAGCGAGGAGACGAAAGUGCUUCACAGAAGAUAUGGAGCAUGCUGAAUGGAGACCAUUAGACUAAUCCAUUAAUAAAGUCUACAGCCUU